UGAACAGGCUGCAUAAACUGUACCUACGUACCCAGGAAUUUGCGACACUUGUUACCACUGCAGUGCAGCUGUAGGGGGACAUGGCGCGACGAGCGAGAGAGCGAGAGCAGUGAUGGAAGGGAACUAAUCGUGUAAGAGCAGACUUUAGAAGAGAAUCCAAUAAUCAACAUGUCUAGCAAAAGGGCAAAAACAAAGACGGCCAAGAAGCGCCCUCAGCGCGCAACCUCCAAUGUAUUUGCAAUGUUUGAUCAGUCACAGAUUCAAGAAUUCAAAGAAGCCUUCAACAUGAUUGAUCAGAACAGAGAUGGCUUCAUUGACAAAGAAGACCUGCAUGACAUGCUCGCUUCCCUUGGAAAGGAUCCCACUGAUGCAUAUCUAGAUGCCAUGAUGAAUGAAGCUCCAGGCCCCAUUAAUUUUACUAUGUUUCUUACAAUGUUUGGUGAGAAGUUAAAUGGCACAGAUCCAGAAGAUGUAAUCAGAAACGCUUUUGCUUGUUUUGAUGAAGAGGCAACAGGGUUCAUUCAGGAAGAUUACCUGAGAGAGCUGCUAACAACAAUGGGAGACAGGUUUACAGAUGAAGAAGUAGAUGAGCUAUAUAGAGAAGCACCAAUUGACAAAAAGGGAAAUUUCAAUUACAUUGAAUUCACACGCAUCCUUAAACAUGGAGCAAAAGACAAAGAUGAUUGAACAAAACUGUAGACAACUUCUUGUUUUCACUCAUGUUUAUUUCUCAGGGGUUUUGUUUUGUUUUUUUGUUUUGUUUUGUUUUGCUGGUAGAACCUGUUGCAUGCAAUUUAGCUUCACAACUUUUGCCUUUCUCCAUGAAUUUCUGGAUUUCAUGCCAUUAUGGCACACUUGCACCUCUGUAACCAGACUGGAAGUGGGGGGGAGAUUUUAUUGUAAUGAAAAAGAUUUUGGGGUAAAGAUCAGUGAAUGUGAAGGUUUAGGGGAAAAUACCUAUUUCUGGAUUUUUACAUUUUUAUAAUAAAUAUCAUUUUG